AUGCAUGAAAAAGACUUUGGUAUCCUCUUGCAUCUGUAUGCAAUACAGGAGAAUAGUACAGCCCUGGCUGAAUUCAUCCUUCUUGGCCUUUCUGAUGAGCCCAACUUGCAAAGCAUAUUGUUUUCUACUUUUCUAGUGAUCUAUGUCAUCAUUCUGGCAGGAAAUCUCAUCAUCAUUCUCCUCACGUUGGUUGACCCUGCACUACAAACACCCAUGUAUUUUUUCCUGAGAAACCUGUCCUUCCUGGAGAUCUGUUACACAUCCGUCAAUGUCCCCAAGAUGCUUGAGAACCUUCUGUCUGGGAACAAGACUAUCUCCUUCCUAGGAUGUGCUGUACAGACCUAUUUCACAUUCUUUCUUGGUGGUUCUGAAUGUUUCCUCCUGGCUUCAAUGGCCUAUGAUCGCUAUGUUGCCAUUUGUAAGCCUCUGCACUACCCUGUCCUCAUGAACAGGAAAGUGUGCAUGGGUCUAGCUGUGGCAUCCUGGUUGAGUGGGUUUUUUAUGUCCUUUGGUCACACUAGUAUGGUGUUUACUAUGUCCUUUUGUGGUUCAAAUGAGAUUAAUCACUUCUUUUGUGACAUUCCCCCAUUACUGAAAUUGGCUUGUGGGGAUACUUCCAGGACUGAAAUGGCUGUAUUUCUAGUGGCUAUGAUAUUUAUAACUUUUCCAUUCCUCCUGAUCUUACUGUCGUAUGCUGGUAUCAUUGCCACGAUUCUGGGAAUUUCUUCUGCUGAAGGGAGGAAAAAGACCUUCUCUACCUGCUCUUCACAUCUCAUUGUGGUGACCUUAUUCUAUGGUUCUGGAUGCAUCGUAUACUUGAAACCCAAUUCAACUUAUUCACCUAAUACUGAUAAAUAUCUGUCUCUUUUCUACACAGUGUUUAUCCCCAUAUUGAAUCCUAUCAUAUACAGCUUGCGGAAUAAAGAAGUUAAAGGUGCCUUUAAAAGAAGAUUGAAAGACAGACUCAUGCAGAAUUGCUUGGAGGACACUGCGGUGAACAUGGAUUUAUAA